AUGAGAAUAUCAAAAUCAGCAAUUUUUUUCUUAUUAUUUAUUUUAAUAUUCUCUAUAUUAGUUGCGAACGUCGCGAAUUUAGUGAAUGUAAAUGAUGAGUUGCAAGAAUAUGAUGUUUACGAGAAAAGGAAUCAACCAUGGAUUCAAACACAAAAACAGUUUCCUAUUAAAGAUUCUGCUGAUCAUCUCAUAUGGUUUCUACAAAUAUCUGACAUACACAUCAGCAUAUUUCAUGAUCCAUCAAGAAUUAGUGAAUUGAGAGAAUUUUGUCAUAAAACUGUUGACAUUAUAAAACCGAUUGUAGUUUUAGCAAGUGGAGACUUAACAGAUGCCAAAUCAAAAAAUAAUAUGGGUUCAAGACAAUUUGAGAAGGAAUGGGAAUAUUAUAGAAAUAUUUUAGAAGAGACUAAAGUUCUUUCAAAAACGAAGUGGUUGGAUAUAAGAGGCAACCAUGAUAAUUUUAACAUAGCUGGGGUCGAUUCAAAGCAAAACUAUUACUACAAUUACUCUGUACAAGGAAGAAUUCACAAACGUUCAUAUUUACAUCAGAUUAGUCUUGGCAAUGAGAAGUAUUCAUUUAUAGCCUUGGAUGCUUCUUUGACUCCUGGCCCAAGAAGACCUUUUAAUUUUGUUGGAAUGAUAACAAAGGCUGAAUCAGAGUAUGCAAUAAAACUAGCAGAAGAAGCUAGAGCAAGUGGGGGAAACUAUACAAUUUGGUUUGGGCACUACCCAACAUCAUGUAUAAUUGCACCAGGCGGGGUGUCUUCUGUUCGUUCCUUAAUUGGUAGAUAUACAGAAUCUAUGGCGUACCUUUGUGGACACCUACAUAGAAUGGGUGGAUUAGUACCCACUAUGCACACAAUACAAAAAUCAGGUUUUUUAGAAUUAGAACUUGGUGACUGGAAAGAUAAUCGAAUGAUUCGUUUGAUGGCUAUAGAUCAUGGGUUAUUUUCAUUCAUUGAUGCACCCCACGGACGUUGGCCAUUAAUAUUAAUUACGAAUCCUAAACAUGCCUUAUAUGCAAUGCCAAAACGUGAGGCAGCUGCUAGUGAACAAUCGGCUUUAUCAACACACAUCCGGCUUCUGGCAUUUUCUAUUGGAAAAAUUACUCAUGUUAAAGUAAGAAUAAAUGAACAACCAUGGACUAAGGCCAAAAAUGUUAAAGGUCCAUUAUUUGUAAGCAAGUGGAAUGCUGAAAAUUAUAAAAAAGGUUUGCAUCAUAUACAUGUGGAAGUUGAAGAUGAGGAUGGUCGAAUACAAACAAUAUCACAACCUUUUUCACUAGAUGGAACUAGAUUGAGUUUUGAUCUUUUGCCACGUUUUAUUCUUAUGAGUAAUGCCAGUCAAGUUUUUCAGUUCAUGUUUGCGUUUAUGCUAGUCAUGUGUAUUGUGCCACUGUGUUUGUUUCGUCUUUUUCAUCGUCUUGUGAAAGAUGGCCGAAUGAGGCCACCUAGAAUGAAUCGAUCAUCUAUCCUUUGUUUAUGGAUGCGCAAAUUGUGGGUUUUAGCAUCUGUGGAUAGGAUAUAUUAUCCCCUCAUAGCAUAUCCAAUAUAUUUAACCUGCGGACCUUGGAGUGUGGGAGAAAUAAUUGAAGGGCAUUUAGGCGCUAUUUUUGCUUGGGGGAUUGUUGUGAAUGGAUCUUUUCUACCGGGAUCAUUUACAUACUUUUAUGGAUAUCUACAAAUGUUUCUAUGUCAAUUUCCAAUGACUUUGAUAUUAGCUAAUUGUGUUGAUAAACGGCUGCAGUAUCAACUCAGCAGCACAAGCGGUUUGAAGCACACAAGGUCUUUAAUCCGUCUAGUCAUAAACCACAUUCCAUUUAUAUUAAUUGUAAGUAUACAAAUGCUGCUGGCUUAUUUCUUCUGGUUGGCUUAUGGUACAUUGGCAUUCAUUAUCGGCCCCUUGAGAACAUGGUCAAUAUUUCUUAAUGUACUAUUAUGGUGGCAGGCCAUCACUUUACCAGAGAAAUGCACAAGAGAUGCUGCGGCUGUCUGGUCUGACACAUGUAGCAAAAUAGUCAUUGAUGCAAAUACAGAUACAGCCGAUAAAAACACAAACUUAUAAGUUUAAUGAUAUUGCAUGUAAAUAUAAAGUAAAACUGUAAUAUAAUAGUUUAGUUAUAUUAAAUGUAUUGUGAUCUUAUAGUCUGACUGAUAGCCUUACACAUUUCUGAUAAUGGUGGGAAGAAAUAUUUUAUAACAAACUGAUAUUUUUUGUCCUAUAAAGUU